AUGACCAUGAACUUUGAGGCAGGGGCAGCACAGAGUAUGAUUUUAAAGCACGCUAUUUAAGGACAGCUAUCCCUUUUGUCUCUCCAAAAUGCUACGCUGUGGUCGCUGGUGUAUCUUUUGCAAUCUGCAAGAGAUGAUGCAGGAGGCUGGCACCCCACAGCUUGUGUUUCAGUCUCCGCUCACCCCCGGGCAGGUUUGUCCUGCGCACUGGGCAACGCAGGUGUCUGGUGCAGGUGUCUGAUGCAGCCAAUGCACUGACGCCCAGCACGAAAAGCCAAUGGCUCCUGGGCGAGUGUACCUCUGACAGCUCCUAACCUGGGAGCACUCAGUGUCCCAAAACCUCAGUGUCACUAAAAUACCAUCUUUGCUGUUGUUACACGAGAAUACGCCCAAACUGCUGCCUGCCCGCGGCCCCAGGAACACACCUUCAGGGCUUUGUGCCGCUCUAGAGCCUUCAGCCAGCUGCUCAUCGCACGGACCGCAGAUACCCUGUGAACUUCCCACAUGUGAACUAGGACACCUUCAUGAUACCCCCAUUUUUGACCUUGUCAGAUUCACAAGCUACGUGAGCCUGGAUCUUCUCGAGGCUACGUGACACUGUGACCGAGUUCUGUGCGACAAGAGGGCAUGCCAGGUUAUAUCGUCCGUCGCCCUUUCUGAUUGAGCCGUUGUAACCUGCUGUAAUUCAGAAGCCUUGCUGGACUGCCAGGCGGAGCCUUUGCUUGAGGAAGCAGGUACCUCAGCCUUGAAGGGAUCCUUUUCAUUUAGAAUCCGUGUCUUCUCUUAAGUAAUUGAUCACUGUGCACCCGGGGACAUCCAAUUCACAGCCGAGUGGGAUCAGCCUUCAUGAAUAAUCAAAACGCCGUGGCCACGCUGCUGCAGGAGUGCAAGUGGGCUCUGGAUGCGCUCCUGUCGGCCAAGGCUGACACAUGCGAGGAAGACGAGCGAGAAUACCGGCGGUGCCAAGCUUUGCUUCCCGAGGACUUGAGGACCCUUCUGGAGGAGGCAAAGGAAAUGAAGUGGCCCUUUGUGCCGGAGAGGUGGCAAUACAAACAAGAUGUAGGCCCAGAAGACAAAACAAACCUGCAAGAUAUGAUCAGCGUGAGGCUCCCUCAUUUGCUGGUUUAUUUGAAAGCCUCCAUCGUGGUCAAGGACUGCGUGACGGCAGCUGCUAUUGUGUUCCUGAUUGACCGGUUCCUAUAUUGGAUUGAUGCCUCCAGCAAACUUCUUCAGAUUGCCAAGGGUCUGCACAAGCUGCAGCCCACCACGCCGAUCGGCCCUCAGGUGGUCAUCCGCCAGGCUCGCCUCUCCGCCAAUGCAGGUAAACUUUUAAAAGCUGAAUAUAUCCUAAGCAGCCUUAUUAAUGACAAUGGAGCAACGGGUACCUGGCGAUAUGCUAAGGAAAGCGAUAGGGUUCUCGUUCAGUCAGUCUGCUUACAAAUCAGAGGACAGAUUCUGCAAAAGCUUGGGAUGUGGUAUGAAGCAGCAGAGUUGAUUUGGGCUUCUGUUGUGGGAUAUUUCAAACUGCCUCAACCAGAUAAAAAGGGAAUUGCUACUUCUUUGGGUAUUAUGGCAGACAUCUUUGCUUUCAUGAAUGAGAAGGAUUAUGUACGUUUUAAAACCAAUGCUGAGAUUGACCUGGGCCUUCUCCAAGAGUUCAGUCAUCGCUUAUUAGCAGCUGCUGAGGCCUGCAAGCUGGCGGCCGCCUACAGCCAGUACACACCACUGUUUGUGCUCACAGCCGUGAACAUCCGUGGGGUGUGUUUGCUAUCCUAUAGUCAUUCCAAGGACUGUCCUCCAGAAAGAAGAAAGUUCUACUUGUCUGAAGCCAAAGAAUCCUUUGAGAUUGGCCUUCUCACCAAGAAUGAUAACAGUUCUGUCACCAGCAAGCAGGAGCUCCAUAGUUUUAUUAAAGCUGCUUUCUGCCUCACAACCGUGCAUCGAUGGCUCUAUGGGGAGAGUGAGAAACUCCAUGAAGUGGGUCAACUAUGUAGAGAAGCCUUGGGGAAGCUGCAUAUGUACAGCACUUCGUGUACAGAAGAGGAAGAGAAAGGAAUGCUUGCCAAAGAGAUCAUGGCUCUGAUAACAUCUGUUAAGAAGCGCCUGCAAGUGGAAAACUUCCCUAAUUCUGAUGCCAGGUCUUACAUUCCAGACAGUUAUAAGAGCACAGUAGAAAAAUCAAUCCUGCAAGGGGAAGCCAGCUUUGAGAAAAUCCUGGCCAAGCAUUCUCAGCAUCAUCUGUCAGUGUGUGAAGUGUUUGAAAACACUUGCAGGGUUCAUAAAACCACACUGGGAGAAAACCAAGUGGGAGCUUGUAUCACAACCUUAAAAACAGAAACCAAAAACAUAGACACUGUGUAUAACACUGAAGAAACAGUGAACCAGAGGAAAGGUCCUGCCAAAAUGCUUAAUUCACCAACAGCAGGAAGUAACUUGAAGAGACUCAGUGGCCAAACAAGAAAUAAACACAUUGGUUCUGAUGUGUUGAAAAAUUCCUUUAAUGAAGAGACUGAACCACUAGAAAUAGGAACAAAUGAUGAAAACAGUUUCAGCAGGUGGCAAAACAGGAGUCAAAUGACUACUUCACAGAAUUCUUGGUGCAAGCUGUCAAAAUCAAGUUACUCCUCCAGCUGGGAGGAACUGGACUAUAAUAGCAGCAAAGGGUCUCAGCAGGAAAAGGCCUCAGCGGAGGAGCAGUGUUGCACAACGGAAUCUGAUGAAAAUGGUCAAGCUGCAUACUUGCGUUCAUUGCCUCGCAGAGCCUGCCAUGCUUGUCCUCCAGAGCCUUCAAAUAGCAAUUUGGGAUCUCCUCCACCUUCCCAAGAGGUAGAUACACCCCUAGCUGGGAGGCUGGUGGAGAAGGCUUCUCUCGGUGGAGAAAAGCUGCGUGAGAGAAGACACCAUGGAAGGAGCUCUUCAGAAAAGAAAGCUGGGAAGGUGGAUAACACAGACAUAGAUAAUAACGCCGUUCCAUCCCUCUCCACGUCUUGGUCUGUUCCUACCAAGUCGGAGGAGGAGAAGAAGGAGAAAGAGGAGGAGUCCGGCUCGUCCUGGGCGGAGCUGGAGGCGGUGGCCGGAGCCCCGCCCGUGGGCCCGGGCUGCAGCACCCUGGACAGCGGCAGGGAGGGCGGUGCUGCUGCAGUGCUGUCGAGGAGCAUCUUUCCAAAAACGGCCAGUGACUCCUCUGUGUGUGAGUGGCUGAGGAAAUCUGCCGUGGUGGGAAACAUAACAGUCAAAGUGCCCCACGUAGAUCCUCAAGCAGAAACAAGAGAUGAAGAUGACACUGAAUAUGAUUUUGUCAGAAUUGGAGACUUAGUAAACAAUUAUCCUGCGGCAUCAGUUCCAGAGCGUCAGCCAACUCCCAGUGCACGAACAGCUUUGUCCUUGAGGGGAAAGAUAUCCAUAACCAAGCACUUUGAAUGUGCCACUACUGAGGAAAAUGAAGAAAAGUCUCAGGACGUGGUGAGCAGCAAGAGACAGUCCAGUUCAUCUCUGAGUUCAUGGUACAAACCAGCACAGAUGCCCAAGAAUUCCCCUGAAGGUGCAUUUCUGAACACAAGGGGAAAUGGUUUUCUCUUCACACCUGGGAGAACAAAGGAAGAAGUCCUUGAUGCUCGAUUUCUGAGGGACGAUGAUUACAUGCAGCUUCUGGCAGGGGUAGAACAUAAUUGGCUUGUCCAGAGACUGAUGCCUACUGGAAUUUUUAAGCCUAAUCAGCUUCAUAAAGCAUACUCAGCUCUUCUUUUAAAGUACUCAAAGAAAUCGGGCCUGUGGACAGGCCAAGAAACAGCUGUAUUCAUUGGAGACUACCUGAACGUGGCAAAGGAAGGCAAACAGAGAAGUGCAUUUUGGAUACACUUCCUGCACCAAGAAGAAAGCCUGGGAAGGUAUGUCGGGAAAGAAUAUAAACAAGAAAAGGGGCUUCUUCAUCAUUUCAGUGAUGUGGAACGGCAAAUGACUGCCCAGGACUAUGUGACAGAAUUCAACAAAAGACUGUAUGAGCAAAAGGUCCCUACCCAAAUCUUUUAUAUCCCAUCUGCAGUACUCCUGAUACUGGAAAACAGAACUAUAAAAGGAUGUGUGAGUGUGGAGCCCUACAUCCUUGGGGAAUUUGUGAAGCUGUCCAAUAACACAAAGGUAGUAAAGAAUGAGUACAAAGCCACAGAGUAUGGUCUGGCCUACGGCCAUUUCUCCUAUGAGUUCUCCAAUGGAACAGACGUUGUUGUUGAUCUGCAAGGCUGGGUGACAGGUAAUGGGAAAGGCCUCAUCUACCUCACAGACCCCCAGAUUCAUUCUCUUAAUAGCAAAGAUGUUUCACGCUCCAACUUUGGGAAGAAAGGAAUUUAUUACUUCUUCAAUGAUCAACAUGUGGAGUGCAAUGAAAUCUGUCGCUGCCUUUCUUUAACAAGACCCUCAAUAGAGCUGCCAAUGUAGACUCACACAAGACAGUCAAACAAGAAAUUACGCAUAAGCUGGACAGUAUUUUAUCCUACACACACUUAGCAACAUACUGUCUUUGUGAGAACAGAGCCACUGUGAUGAUACCCGUGUGAGUUGGGCCAGUCCUUACCUGCAUGAGUUUGGCAAGUUCUGGUCUUUGUAUCCAGGCUGGUAAUACCACAUUACCAUCUUCUGUACCAUCGGAACAUCGUGUUGUUAUAACCCUCUGUAAAAAUUAACAGAAGAGCAUAGGAAGAGUAAGAAAACAGCCUCAAAAAUUCAGCUCAAGCUGUACUACAAGUCUGUAUAGACUUCUAAUCCAUCAGCAGAGUCAGUAAAGGCAAUGUGUACCAUCUGCUCUUUGAAAUGAGAUGGAAUGAGACAGAAGCAGAUAGUUGUGUUUCAACCAGCUGUAAAAUUCUCCAAAACUUGUAUUAAUGCUUCAGGGAACAAAUGAUAAUGUUCUGGUUUGCUCAAAAAAAUAAAAAAGUUUCUUUCAGAA